CAGAACCAUUUUAAUUUCCCCAGUCAGACAUUAUUCAAGAAAACCCAUCCAGCCUCUAUUUUCCAAGAAAAUUAAGGAUAUAAUGUCGGAGCCUGCCAUAGAUGCAAGACGAAAUUCAACCUCCUCAAAUAACGAAUAUGAACAAGUCUUCGAGAGAUACAAUUACGAGGAUUAUAAAGCUCAAUUCCAGUUCAUUCUCGAUGCUAUGAAGGACAUUACCAAACGCACCACAUUUAAUGACCCAAUCAUUAACCCUGCAGAAGCUGCAAAGGAAAAUCAGAAAGAGUCAUGGAAAAUGGGAGAUCCACCCCCUCCGAAGGGAUGGAUGCAAAUUUUUGGGAGGACAUUAAACAAAAUUAGUAGCGAGUUGACAUCCAAGACGAAGACAGAUGACGAAGAGGCGAAGCUUGCCAGAAUUCUGAAAGCUCUGUCAAACUACUCGUUGAAGGCGAAGGUGGUUAUGGUGUUAGCCGCCUUCUCGGUGAAGUACGGGAAGGUGUGUCUGAGCUCCGGCCUGUAUCCCGUGAAUCCGGUGGCCAGAGCCGUGGUGUCGCUGAGGCGGCAGCAGAGCGUGCUAGAUCGACCCCAGUAUUUGACGCAGUGGCACACCCAAGUCACCGGAAUCAUAAAGAAAAUGCUAGACGUAUCCGAUCGCAUACUGAAUGGCUCCCCGAUGGGCGGUGGAAUAAGUGGCAACGAAGCGGUGCAAAAGAUAAUCCAAUGCGCGAUUGUCUGCUCGUCCCAGAUGAUGGCAAUUCUGACACCAGAUGCUCAUAAUCGCAUCCCUGAUAAGUUACCAGAACCGUACAAAUGGAAUCUUUGCGCUUUGGAGAAUGAACUUAAAACCAUGCUCGGAGAAAACAAAGGUGAUAAAACUCAUAAAACUGGACCAGAUCAGGUUGAUUCUUCUACAAAACCUCAUGUCCAGAAGGAAACAGCUGCUGCGAAUAAAGAGAAAAAUCAGGGGAAAUCUAAAGGGCGUUCCAGCAGUAGGGUGAAACCUGCCAACCUUUGCUGUUAAUGGCGGCCUGGUGAGACACAAAUUAAACAACUGUAUUAUUAUUGCAUCAAGCUAAGCUGAUCGAAUUGAAGAAGACGACAAUUCAAGAAGCGCCGGCCUCGGAUUGCUUCCAUCUUGUAAUUUCAUAUGCAUUCACUUUUUCUUUGUGUGCACCUUUCUGUAUAUAUAUUUAUUUCCAGAAGAUUGGAGAAUUAAGCAUCCAUCCAUGAUCCGUCCGUCCCUGUACUGUGUAUUACAUUAUAGUGUGUUGUUUGAAAAUUAAUUAAUAUAAUUGCCCUGUCUAGUAAUAUCA